UUCUUUGGUUUGUUGCUAACGCUAAUGGACCCGGAAAGGUAAAGCAACACUCCGAAGAUGGCUGGGGUGUUCGAGGUGGAGGUUGAUGGUGUAGAGCACGACCAUGGACUGGAGCAUCACGAUGAAUCGAAUCGGUUUGAUAUGUCCAAGCUUUCACCAGAAGAGAAGUGGAGGGUGGAGCAUGCAAGAAUGCAUGCUAAACACAAAGGCCAUGAGGCCAUGCAUGCAGAGAUGGUGCUGAUCCUCAUCGUCACCCUAGUCGUCGCACAGCUAGUUCUUGUGCAAUGGAAACAGAGACAUCCAAGGUCAUACAAUCUGGUGACUCUGUUCCAGAUGUGGGUAGUUCCUCUCUACUUUACUACCAAACUUCAUUGGUGGAGGUUCUUGACCACGUGGUUUAUCUUCUCUGUCAUAACAGCAUAUAUCUCCUACCGUGCCACUCGCAAGCCACUGGCCUGCACCACACCCAGGUUGGUAUAUAAGUGGUUCCUCCUCCUCUACAAGAUCAGCUAUGCAAUAGGAAUAGCUGGCUACAGUGUCGUCAUGUUUACACUCUUUGGUAUUAACCUGAUAUUCAGGAUAAAGCCGGAGGAUGCAAUGGACUUUGGUGUUUCGCUGCUGUUCUAUGGUCUUUACUACGGGGUCCUAGGAAGAGACUUUGCAGAGAUGUGUGCAGACUUCAUGGCUUCAACUGUUGGGUUUUACAGUGCUUCUGGCAUGCCAACCAAGCACCUCUCUGAUAGCAUCUGUGCUGUGUGUGGCCAGCCCAUCCUUGUAGAUGUCAGUGAGGAGGGGAUUAUUGAGAACACGUAUAGAUUAACUUGCAACCAUGUGUUCCAUGAAUUCUGCAUAAGAGGCUGGUGUAUUGUUGGAAAGAAGCAGACGUGCCCAUACUGCAAAGAGAAGGUGGAUCUGAAGAGAAUGUUCAGUAACCCCUGGGAGAGGCCACAUGUUAUGUACGGACAACUGUUAGACUGGCUUCGGUACUUGGUGGCCUGGCAACCCGUUAUUAUUGGAUUUGUGCAAGGCAUCAACUAUAUCCUGGGUCUGGAGUGACCCGGGGCCUGGCAAAAAAUGGACACACCAUAUGGAAAAGAUGUGCACCGGCUCAAAAGACUGAGGGCCUAACAACGAACACCAAUAAGAAGUGUCUAUAUGUUUUGUAUAUAUUUAUAGGCACAUAUGAUCUGUAUUUACGGUUUAUUUGCAUUUUAUUAGUAAUCCGAUUUUGGAUGUCUUUGUUUCUCUGGAUUUGCUUUAUACACCAUCACACCUCAGUAAUUGAUUUGUGCAUCAUCUGUCCUAGUAAAUCAGAUCUUACAGUGAUUACAGAGGGGCUUUUUACUAAUUGUCUUAAGUGUUUGUUAAUACAUAGUCAAAGGAUCAUGCUUGAGUCUUUCAUCCUCAUGUCGAUCCCACAUGAGUAAUUAUCAAAUGGAAAUCAGUACUCCUUUUUUGCAUUUGAAAUAUAUUUGAUUUGAUUUAUUUGAUUGAGAUAUGAACCCAGUGAGCAGAAACUUUCCUCUGAAGUCAUUUUACAGCCGCCUCCCUUAAUGUACUCAUAAGGCUGUUUGACCUACUUGACACUGACACUAUAUUUUGAACUUAAUGACCCGAGAGUGUUUCCUAAUCUCUGACCGUCAUACGCCAUGUGAGUGGAGGUUUCAUUCAGCAUCAUGGGGAAUAAAGUGCUUAUCGUACAGUG